AUGACUCACGAGGGCUCCGGCGGCGGCGGCGGCGGCGAGACGGCCCUCCGCCCCGGCCCUCCGCAGGCGGCGGCGCCGCUGGAAGACGAGGACGUCCUGGGCGAGAUCCUCGUCCGUCUCCCCCCGCUGCCCUCCUCGCUCGUCCGCGCCGCCGCCGUCUCGAGGCUCUGGGGCCGCCUCGCCGCGGACCGCGCCUUCCUCCGCCGCUUCCGCACCCACCACCGGAGGCCCCCCGUCCUCGGCGUCUUCGAGGAGCGCGACGGGGAGCUGGUGUUCACCCCGCUCCUCGACGCCCCGGACCGGAUCCCCCGCGAGCGCUUCUCCAUGCGGUUCUGGCACGUGCUCGGUUGCUGGACCUUGCUCGGGUACCGCCACGGCCGCGUCCUCAUGGUCAACCAGGAUCUGGCCCUGCUCCUCGUUUUCGCCCCUCUCGUCGGCGGCCGCCGCGGCCUCCGCGCCGUGGUGAUUCCUCCGGAUUUCGUCGACGGCGAGUACGCCGUCGCCAACGGAGCGGUGGUCUGCGCUGCCGGCGGCGAGCAGGGCCACGUGCACGGAGACUGCCACUCGGGCCCCUUCAAGGUGGUUCUGGUGGCCACCAGAGUGAGACACCCGGUCCUAGCCCGGGUCUACUCCUCGGACACCGGUGAGUGGGGAGAUCUUGUCGUAAUGGCGGAACCAUGUGUUGUUAGCAGCUUCCCCUCCACCCUCGUCGGCAAUGCUCUUUACUGGUGGCUAAAAAAGUGUCAGCACGAGGAUGGCAUACUCAAGUUCGAUUUGGAUAGCCAGACACUAUCUGUGGUCAGGAGGCCUAUUUUUGAUCGCAUUCCCAGUUGCAGCAUCCGGAUCAUCAGGGGAGAGCAUGGCGGUGUUGGCCUCGCUGUAUUUUCGUACCCGAGGUUCCAAAUCUGGGAACGCAUGGUCAAUAGUCAUGGUACUGCCAUAUGGGUGCUGCGAAAGACGGCUCGCAUGCAUAGUAUGCUUCAGUAUGCUAUGCUGACUAUAGUAGGGUACUCUGAGGAUGGGGAUGCGCUUCUUCUAACAGUGUCCUUCGGUGGGGGUGUGGCCGCCUACAGCUUCAUGCUUCAACUUGAGUCAAUGGAGUGGACGAAUCUUAAUCAAACAUUUUUGGAGUAUUCCUACCAUCCGUUUGCAUACUUCUAUACUGCAGGUACUGUCAGAGCGUCAAGUACCGCUCCAGCCAUUGAGCCACCACAGCAGCGAAGUACAAUUCCAGCCAUUGUGCCGCAACAGCAGUGA